GAGAAAAAUAAUCAACAUCUUUAUCGGACUGCUGCAACUUGAACACAGAAACUGCAACCGCGUCCUUAUCACUUGCCUUAUCUCACGCUCCCUCACACUCCUCUUUACUCUCUACUUGCUUCCAUGGCCGAGCUACAGCCGCCCGAUGCCGCCAUCACCGCCGCUCCCCUCCCUUCUGCUGCCGUUACAGCCACCACCUCCAAUCCGACAUCUAUAGCUCCACCACCUCCCCCAUCCGAUAACCAUCCAACCAACAACGUUAAUAACAAUAAUUUAGGCCCCAGUUUGGCUCCGAAACGACAGCGCCGACCAAGUGUUCGAUUAGGGGAGAUCGGCGACUCACCUUCCGACACUCACUUCCGGCGAGGCCCUAAAACCUGGCGUUUCCACAAGGACCCCACUCUGGCAGCUAAAACAUCAAAGACCCGUCCUCUAACUAAUCUCGUUAACGGUGGCGGGGAUAGUUAUGACGAAAACAACAUCGAGGAGAACAAUUAUAACCUUGAUUUGGGAAAUCGCAAGUCUAAAUCGAGGAAACCCACGAAGAGAGUGAGGACAAAUUGGCAUUCCUCGUCAGCUAAGUUCGAGACGCCUAAUGGCGGAGGAAUUCACGAAGAGAACUUUUUCAGAGAAGAUAACAAUGAUAACGAAGAGUUUCGGGAAUUCGAGCUCGAGGGUUCAGAAAGCCCAGUGAAAGAGCACAGUCCAAUUAACUCAAUGGAACAUAUGGGGCUUCAGUAUUGGGAUCGGAGAGGAAUUAGGACUAGAGUGUCGGAGAGCAGAGACCAACACGAUGACCUCAACAACGGAGGAGUUCAUAACGAAAUGAAUUCUGGGGAUAAGAGCAUUGGAGUAAGGGACUGGUUGGUUGAUUUGGGUCUGGGGAGAUAUGCUCCUGUUUUCGAGAUACACGAGGUUGAUGAUGAGGUUUUACCCAUGUUGACUCUGGAGGAUCUCAAGGAUAUGGGGAUUAAUGCUGUUGGUUCCAGGCGAAAAAUGUUCAAUGCCAUACUGAAGCUGCGGAAAGGGUUUUCGUGAGUUUAGCCUUAAUGGUUUUAAUGUAUGUUUAGCUUUUAUUUACUGCUUACUUUCCUUUUCGUUACUUUUUGCCGCUUACAUGGAUAAUUCAAGUGGUAUUAGUUUUGCAGCUAGAUUUAUUUUUUCUCCUCCUUCUGCCUUUAGUAUGUUAGUUAUUGUGAAAUGUAAUAGUUGAUAUACAAAUGAGAAUGACAUGACAAGUACUUUUUAUUGAUUAAACUAAGUUCUAGUGUGUCUAAA